GAAAUCUAGAUUUACUCCUUGGCCUCUGAAUUUACUCCCUCCGUCCCAUGACGUAAACACAUGAGGAAGAUGCACGAAAUAAACCAGGACUCCUCCUCUUCGCAUUGCUUGAAGUAUCCAACUCAAAUCCAGACGAUGGAGGACGGCUAGUCGGCGAGGGAACCGCGCCAGCACGAAACCCCGGCAGCCGGCAGGCAGAGCCAACGCCAUCACCACCAGCCAACAUAAAUAAAUAUACUCCUAUCCUAAUAUAUACCACCACCGCCACGGUUAACGUGUUUGCUGUUACUACUAUACUCGGCUACUAGCAGGGCGUACGUACUGCGGCAGCAAAAGCAAUCGAGACAGGGACGAGCGCGCUGUUGAGGUUCGUCGGCGGCACCGAGCACCGAGCAGGCGAUGGAGACGGUGGAGGAAGACGUGGAGGAGUACAGCUGGAGGGAGGUGGUGCUGCCGCGCCUCAUCCCGGUGGUCCCCCACGCCGCGCCGGAGCUCGAGCGCGAGACCGGGGAGCGCCGCCGCGGCAGGGACCUGCUCGUCGCCAUCGACUUCGGCCCAAACUCCAGGCACGCCUUCCGCUGGGCGCUCGCCCACCUCGCGCGCAUCGCCGACACCCUCCACCUCGUCCACGCCGUCUCCAGUGUGCAUAAUGAUCUGGUAUACAACAAGAGCCAGGAACUAAUGGAUGAGUUGGCCGUCGAGGCAUUCAAGGAGUCACUGGUCCACACCAAGGCACGGAUUAUUGAAGGGGAUGCUGGAAAGGUUAUUUGCCGAGAAGCAGAGCGACUGAACCCAGCAGCCGUCAUUAUUGGCACACGUGGCCGAAGCCUUAUUCAGAGUGUGUUGCAGGGAAGUGUCAGUGAGUAUUGCUUCCACAACUGUAAAGCAGCACCGGUUAUCAUUGUCCCAGCCAAAGAAGCUGGUGAACAGUCUGUGCUUUAAAGAGGGGACGACAAGUAGGAGACAGCGGUGCACUGGUUUGGUGUUGCACUUUCAGUUUAAUGUAAUUUAGCUGAUAAGAUUGUGUGCAUGUUGUUGUUCUGAAUUUGUUUGUAGUGAGAACAUUUAUUCUGAGCAAGGUAGCGAGAAUAUAUUGUAAAUGCUUUUGCUGUAAUCUGAAUCCUUCGUGUAGCUCAGUAGUGAAGAACUGCGGAUUGCUUAUGAUAUGAUUUGGUACACGAGCAAUACAAGAAUAUAACUUCACACAAA